UGAUGCGGCGAAUUUGACACCUCUGGCAUAGAGAGAUGUAGAAAAGAACUAAGGCUUGCAGGAUUCAAUCUGGGUCGGUCACCUAUCCUCAGCGAACUUCUAACAGAAUUCAGCCAUAAAAUGUCUGUUUUUGAAGUGCUGGCAGUAGCAUUUCAGGGUCACGUCAAUGGAGGAUCCUUCGAGGGAAAAGUUUUGAAGGCCUUCCAGAGAAUAUUGCCAAUAUUCUAAACAGCAACCAGGGCAUUGUUGAUGCGUUCAGGUGAGGAGGUAGGAAAGAAGUGGGCGGGCUUAGAAUUCUAUUGACCAUAGAGCUUCCUCUUCUCUGUGCAGGGGAAAUGCCACUUCGGGGGCCAGAAAAGGAGAGACGCCCCUCCCUGAAGUUACAGAGGUUUUGGAAAAAAAAAUCAACGUUAUAUAAACUGCGUAGAGCCUUUGCUAUGAUGAUUGCACCUGAGAAGUUUGCUUUCUCCAAUAGCUCCCCAUCAGUGACCAGAGAAACCACCAUGUCUUCCAUGAAACCAGACCAAAAUGCCAUGUCUUCAGAGACCUCUGACGAAAGCCUUGAAGAGGAGAAUAUCUUGAAGAGAGUUAGCAGUCUGCCCUUGGUUUGCUCCGUCUGUGACUUGGUUUCUUCAAACUACACCUCCAUUAAGCGAAAAAAUUCCUACCUUCAGACAGUGUGCGAUGGGGCAGAGAAAGGCAUGAAGACUCUCACAGGUGCUGCUGUUAGCCGGGCACAACCGCUUCUGAACAGUCUUGAACCUCAACUUGCAACAGCAAACAAGUAUGUAUGUCGUGGCCUGGAUACAAUGGAACAGAAGGUGCCAAUUCUUCAACAGAGAGCUGAUCAGGUUGUGUCUGGGACAAAAGAACUGAUGACUUCUAAAGUCACUGAUGCCAAGAAUGCUGUGACUCGCAGGCUGUCAGGGAUGGUUGGCAUGACCAAAGAUGUGGUUCAGAAUGGCGUGAAAACCACGGCCUCCCUUGUGAGCAGCAGCAUGACUGUGGUGAUGGGAACAAGAAUGGGAAAGAUGGCCAAGAACAGUGUGGAAACCGUGCUGGGCCGGUCCCAUGCAUUUAUAGAUCACUACCUUCUUAUCAGUGAUGAAGAUCUGAAGCCUGUUAUUUACACUGCCUUCCUCCUUUCAGUGGAUCUGAAAACAUGUUCUCAAGGGACAGAGAUGGAUCCUGUGCAGGAAGUGCAGACCCAGAUCAAGUAUAAAGGUUAUUUGGCCUGCAUGCUUUCUCUCUUGAACAAAUUCCAACGCUAUAUAUCCAAGCAAUCCUGGUACCAUCUUAGGAAUGCUAAUGAGAGUCUCCAAAUAGCCCUUGAAAACACCUUUUCGGAAUGGAAAGGUUGGCUAAUAGCCUUGUACUACACCAUAACACUUCCCCUGAGGACUAUCUACUUGAUCCUCCUCUUUACUGUUGAAGAACUGUCUGCCAAAUUUAAUGAGAACGUUCCCCAAGCUUGUUACAUCCUAGAAGACCUCAAGUUGGUCCUCUCUGCUCUCACUUGCCUUCAGGAACUCUGCUGGAAAAUCUUUGCCCGCGUUUGGGAAAAAAUGUCGGAGGAAGAAAACCUCAACACUCUCUUGAACUAUAUCGUGCAAACGCUUCCCUUCUGUUUUUUUGCCAAUCACUGCAAAUGUAGGACCUCCACAGAUAGCACAGCAAAAGCUUUAAAGGCCAUCCAGAGGGUGCAGGCAUCUAGGGACAGUCUUCUUGGACUGGAGGGAAGUGGAAUCUCCUCAAUAGUUGCGGCCACUUGAACGCCGCAUCUGGUCACCCGUGGGGAAGAAAAAAGUGAGAUGCAGGGGUUUGGACAUAUUAAGGGGUUGGCUCUUAACCGAAAUCCCAGGGCAACUGCAAGCUUACAGUAAAAUAGGAAA